AAAACUAAGUAGUGGUAAGUGUACUUUCCAGGCCAGAAGUCCCUGAGACAUUAAAGAUCCUAGCAACAGACAAGACAAAUUUUACCCAGUACAUUUAACAGGUUGUACCUUAGAGCAAAAAUGUAUGAGGUCUGGCUAUUACUAUUGAAAACAAAAUCCAGCUAAUACGCUUAGCAGGAAAACCCAGUUAGCAGCUGCAUGGGUUGCUUUUUGUGCUUAUGUCUCUUGAUAAGGAUUACUUACGUUGGGGCUUGAUGAGGCUUGGAUCACAGACUAAUGUUUUGCCACAUUCACCUCUCUAGUAAUAAGCCCAAGAUUAGUUCCUUUAAAACACUUCCUAGAUCCAGCUUUCUCAAGUGAGGGCAACUGAGAGGUGAGGGUUUUAGAGAAAAAAGUAGGCCAUGCAACCUGGAUAAUCAAAGAAUUUUUAGGAAGAGGAAAAAUUAAUAUUCCAUUUUAUCUUGGGUUGAUGUUAAACCCUUCCACCUCCCCCAGUGUUCAUUAAAGUUGCUAUAUAAACAGACACAACCAAGGUUGUUCUCACUUCAUAUCGCUGUCUUGAAAGAAUGAUUCAAGUUGUCAAUUUAUGCUAAUGGAUAUGUUCACGGAUAUGUUGAUGAUGCUUCCGAGCUGUAUGACGAUUCCAUUAAAUGCAGAAUCAGCAUGUGCAGCUGUAUUUCUGAAAUGGUCACUUCAGCGUGCCGCUUGCCUGGCUGAUCUAAGAUGCUCUGAAGAUUCUCCGAGGACUUACACGCUAAUGAUGCUUAGGGAUUUGUGUCCUGAAGAACUCUGUAAUCCUGUGCUUCCUGAAUCCCACUCUAAGCCAGGACCUUCUGUCACACCCCAAGAGUUACAGGCAGUUGGAAAGCUCUGCUAAGCAACCAUUCUGCUUAGCCUUUGGGGUUCAGUGAGGUGCCACUUAGGACCUACGCAGGAGCCUUGAUCAGGAUGUAUUUCCUUCUUGGCCCUCGGCCCCAGGUGGUGCUCUGAGGGUCUUCCUUCCUGAACAGCAGCAGUAAAGCCAGCCUUGCCAUGGGCGAGGUCAGCCAAGAGGCUGUGGAGAGCUACCUGGAGGACCACCCUGGGUUUGCCGAGGAGUACUUCCACAGGAAGCUGCGGACAGGGGCGCUGGGAGAAGCCUCCGAGCACAGCGAGGUGCAGGGCCCGGCCGGCGGGUCCUCCCCCGGGCUGUCCACAGAGGAGGAGGCAGCCCUGUGCUUGGAGCUGUUCCAGGCCAUGCAGGAGGAAGCGGGCAGCGCCGAACCUGCGGCGCACUUGGUCCUGCAGAGGCUGGCGCGGCUGCUGCGGGCGGACCGCUGCAGCCUGUUCCUGUGCCGGGCCCGCAACGGCUCGCCCGAGGUGGCCUCCAGGCUGCUGGACGUCACCCCCACAUCCAAGUUUGAGGACAACCUGGUGGUCCCUGACAGAGAAGUGGUGUUUCCAUUGGACAUCGGGGUAGUGGGUUGGGUUGCUCACUCAAAGAAAGCCCUUAACGUCCCAGAUGUAACAAAGAACAGCCAUUUUUCUGACUUCAUGGACAAACAAACUGGGUAUGUCACUCGGAACCUGCUGGCAACCCCGAUCGUGAUGGGCAAGGAGGUUCUGGCUGUGGUUAUGGCAGUUAACAAAGUAAAUGCAUCUGAAUUCUCCAAGCAGGAUGAAGAGGUCUUUUCCAAAUACCUCACCUUUGUUUCCAUCAUCCUAAAGCUUCAUCAUACCCACUACUUGUACAGUGUUGAAUCUCGAAGAAGCCAGAUCCUUAUGUGGUCAGCCAAUAAAGUAUUUGAAGAGCUCACAGACGUUGAGCGACAGUUUCACAAAGUGCUCUACACAGUUCGAACAUACCUGAACUGUGAACGGUACUCCAUUGGACUGCUGGACAUGACCAAGGAGAAGGAAUUCUAUGAUGAAUGGCCAGUCAAGCUUGGAGAUGUCGAGCCUUAUAAAGGUCCAAAGACACCAGAUGGCAGAGAAAUCAUCUUUUAUAAAAUCAUUGACUACAUUUUGCAUGGGAAGGAAGAGAUCAAAGUGAUUCCGACACCUCCCGCAGACCACUGGACUCUUGUUAGUGGAUUACCAACAUAUGUUGCUGAAAAUGGAUUUAUAUGUAAUAUGCUGAAUGCCCCCGCAGAUGAAUACUUCACAUUUCAGAAAGGACCUGUAGAUGACACUGGCUGGGUCAUUAAAAAUGUCUUGUCCCUGCCUAUUGUCAACAAGAAAGAAGACAUUGUGGGAGUAGCUACAUUUUACAACAGGAAAGAUGGAAAACCUUUUGAUGAAUAUGAUGAACACAUUACUGAGACUCUCACACAAUUUCUUGGAUGGUCUCUUUUAAAUACUGAUACAUAUGAGAAAAUGAAUAAGCUAGAAAACAGGAAGGAGAUAGCUCAGGAAAUGCUCAUGAACCAGACCAAAGCCACUCCUGAUGAAAUCGAGUCUAUUUUGAAAUUUAAAGAGAAGUUAAGUAUAGAUGUAAUUGAAGACUGUGAAGAAAAACAACUUGUCACAAUUUUGGAAGAGGACUUGCCAGACCCGAAGGCAGUAGACCUGUGUGAAUUCCACUUCAGUGACUUUCCCAUUACAGAGCACGGGCUGAUUAAGUGUGGACUACGACUAUUUUUUGAAAUAAAUGUGGUGGAGAAAUUCAAAGUACCCGUAGAGGUUCUUACCAGAUGGAUGUACACCGUGAGAAAAGGGUACCGUUCCGUCACCUACCACAACUGGCGGCACGGAUUCAAUGUGGGGCAGACCAUGUUCACUUUGCUGAUGACAGGAAGGCUAAAGAAAUACUACACAGACCUCGAAGCUUUUGCCAUGCUCGCUGCUGCUUUCUGCCAUGACAUUGACCACAGAGGCACCAAUAAUCUGUAUCAGAUGAAAUCCACGUCUCCAUUGGCAAAGCUUCAUGGAUCUUCUAUUUUGGAGAGGCACCAUCUGGAGUACAGCAAGACUCUCCUGCAGGAUGAGAGUUUAAACAUCUUCCAGAACCUAAAUAAACGCCAGUUUGAAACAGUUAUUCAUUUGUUUGAAGUUGCAAUAAUAGCAACUGACCUGGCUUUAUACUUCAAGAAGAGAACCAUGUUUCAAAAAAUUGUUGAUGCCUGUGAAAAAAUGGAAACUGAAGAAGAGGCCAUCAAAUACAUAACCAUUGAUCCAACCAAAAAAGAGAUCAUCAUGGCAAUGAUGAUGACUGCAUGUGACUUGUCAGCUAUAACGAAGCCCUGGGAGGUUCAAAGUCAGGUAGCACUUCUAGUUGCAAGUGAAUUUUGGGAACAAGGAGAUCUGGAGAGAACAGUGCUGCAGCAACAACCUAUUCCUAUGAUGGACAGAAACAAAAAAGAUGAACUGCCUAAACUUCAAGUUGGAUUUAUUGACUUUGUUUGUACUUUUGUAUAUAAGGAGUUCUCCCGGUUUCACCAAGAAGUCACCCCCAUGCUGAAUGGCCUUCAGAAUAACAGAAUGGAGUGGAAAUCUCUGGCUGAUGAAUAUGAUGCAAAGGUGAAGGUAAUGGAAGAGGAGGUGAAAAAGCAGGAAGAAGGAAACAUGACUGAAAAAGCUACAGAAGAUUCAGGAGAUGGUGUUGAUGACAAAAAGUCCAAAACAUGCCUAAUGUUGUAGUAUGAUCCCUUGUUCUACAUUUCAAAUAUUGUUUCUACUCUUGAAGAAAAAGAGAAAACAUUCAAAAGAACUUCAGCAAAU